CAAUUUCAGUGAGAUUUUUGAUGUCGACUGGUUCAUCAACUCUCUGUCCAAUGAUGUCAAGGUUAUCAAACAACUCCCCGAAAAUGACGGCGAGGGCAUUUGGAGUCCUCAUACGAUGCGUGUUCCCAGAAAGUGCUCCGCAAUUUGCUAUCAGACUCGAGUUCUGCCCGUGUUCAUGAAGAAGAACGUUGUUAAACUUACAAAAUUUGAUUAUAGGCUCGCGAACCAGUUGGAGACAGAUCUUCAGAAAUUGAGAUGCCGAGUGAACUAUCAUAGCUUGAAAUUCACAGACCAGAUACAAAAUAUGGGCGACAAACUGAUCCAUAGGAUGAAUGCUAAAGGCAAUGACCACUUCAUUGCCCUUCACUUGAGGUUCGAAGCAGAUAUGCUCGCCUUCUCUGGAUGCUAUUACGGAGGAGGAGAGAGAGAAAGAACUGAAUUGGGCGCAGUACGCAAACGAUGGAAAACGUUACGUGCAAGCAAUCCCGAAAAGGAACGCAGGCAUGGUAAAUGCCCGCUCAAGCCUGAAGAGGUCGGGCUGAUGCUCAAGGCACUGGGCUUCGGAAGGGAUGCUCAUCUCUACGUGGCUUCCGGCGAGAUCUAUGGCGGAGAAGAAAGACUAGCACCUCUCAAGGCAUUAUUCCCCAACCUUCACUCCAAAGAGACCUUAGCCACCGAAGAAGAGCUGGCGCCGUUCUCGUCCUACUCGUCCCGAAUGGCCGCACUCGAUUUCAUUGUUUGCGACGGCGGCAGCGUAUUCGUGGCCAACAACAACGGCAACAUGGCCAAGAUACUGGCCGGCCGAAGGAGAUAUUUCGGGCACAAGAGGACGAUAAGGCCGAACGCGAAGAAGCUACACACUCUGUUUCUGAACGUAACUGACAUGCCCUGGGAAACGUUCUCAUCGAGAGUUCGUGCGUUCCAGAAAGGUUUCAUGGGAGAGCCAAACGAGGAGACAAUUGGCAGAGGAGGGGGAGGAGGAUUCCAUGAAAAUCCUUCAGCGUGCAUAUGCGAAAAGCAUUUUGUGCCGUAUUAUCUCCGCGCCGAGUUUGACAAGAGAGCGAAGAGGAAGGGAAACAAGAGCUAUGGGGAGGUGACAGGUUACUUUUCAGGAGGAGACAAGAAUUUGGGGUGGACGGAUUUGGAUUACGAGGAAACUGAGAGUCCCUCCAAUGGAACAGACUUGGAUUAUGAUGAACUAAUCUAG